AUGCGAUCUCCGCAUUGGACCAGUAUACAGCACAAGUUACGGCUUACGGACACGAGCCUUGUAGCAGCUCAGAAACAGCAGGUGCCAUUUGGCAACGUGAGUCUCCGUGCGGCAGCAGGCUGGGAGAUAAGUACCCUGAAGAAGCUUGCUUUGACACAGUCUGCUUAUUCUCUGCAAAUUCUUUCAGGUCAAAAGGUGUGCUAUGGUGACUUCAAGCGCUCGUGUUACAAGUUAGCUUAUUUCCAGGACUUGUCUAGACGCGUGGGCUUUCAGGAGGCCCGCCAAGCUUGUGAAAUUGAUGGUGGGGCUUUACUGAGCUUGGAAAGCGAAGCUGAGCAGCAACUAAUAGAAAACAUGUUGCAAAACCUUACUAAAUCGGGCUCCGGGAUUUCUGAUGGUGAUUUCUGGAUUGGGUUAUGGAGAAGUGGCGAUGGACUAGCCACCUCAAGUGCUUGCCCUGACCUCUACCAGUGGGCUGAUGGAAGUAUUUCACCAUUCAGAAAUUGGUAUACAGAUGAGCCUUCCUGUGGAAGUGAAGCCUGUGUUGUGAUGUAUCAUCAGCCAACUGCAAACCCUGGUCUGGGAGGGCCAUACCUUUAUCAAUGGAAUGAUGAUAGAUGCAACAUGAAGCACAAUUUUAUCUGCAAGUAUGGCCCAGAUAAUGUCUUAGAAAAAGAAUUAGGAGACAGAGCAGAGCCAGAUUACGGUAUUUUUCCAACGGUGCCAGCAGGAAAUCCUUAUGACACAAGCAAACCAGAAGAUCAGUAUCAUGUUAUUGCUACUGAAACAGGUAUAAUUCCGAAUCUAAUUUAUGUCGUAAUACCCACUAUACCACUACUGCUGUUGAUACUGGUGGCUUUUGGGACUUGCUGUUUCCAGAUGCUUCAUAAAAGUAAAGGAAGAACAAAAACCAGUCCAAACCAGUCCACACUAUGGAUUUCAAAGACGCCUAGGAAGGACAGUAGCAUGGAGGUAUAAUGACUUACUGACUGAACACAAAGCAAAAAUAACAUUUUGCAGUCAGGCUGUAUUAUAAUGUCGUCAAAGAACAUUAGCUUGGAAUGGCUUGAAAAUGCAAAGGAUCUACAAGAAUGAACCGUAAGCUCCCCCUUGAGGCAAAUGUUCAGAUCAUUUUUAUAUAAUGUUUGAUUAUCAAUUCAGUAACAAAAUAUGCCAUGCUAAAUAAAGGGUAUGUGUUUAUUUUGCUAAGAGAUGUAAGUUAGCUAGUUGUGAGCAAUGAAAUGAACAGAGCAUUUGAAGUUUUUAUGGGGAAAUAUCUACAAUGUAUAUCAGUUUUAAGCCUGUUUGUAGUUAAACAAACCCUCUGUUUCCUUUAGUCUCUCAUGCAUUGUAAUGUAGUUGAUGUACUGUAAAUGGAACUGACAGUUUUACAGUGUAACAAUUAUUUAUCUUUGCAUAAAUGUUUGAUAC